UUACAGAGUCUCGGGUGACAUCUCAGUGUAUAAAACCAUCUGUAGAGAAGCUUCAGCAUCACUGCACCUAUCGGUUUCUCUCUAAUCACUUUAAAUAGCUCUGAACUGGUUAAAAGACGCAUUUAAGCUUUUUGUGUCUCUGUUUUCAGAAAGUGGGAAAGUGCUUGCCAGAUUGAAGCAGAUGGAUGCAAUUUUGAACUGCAGGCUGGAGGACAUGGAAGAUUUUUACAGCUUGCUAGGCUGUGAUGAAUUGUCUACAGUUGAACAAAUUCUUUCAGAAUUUAAGGUUCGAGCCCUCGAAUGUCAUCCUGACAAGCAUCCUGGAAACCCUCAAGCUGUGGAGAAUUUUCAGAAGCUACAGCAUGCUAAAGAAAUCCUCACCAAUGAAGAGAGCCGAUCUCGCUAUGAUUACUGGCGGAGAAGCAAGAUUACCAUCCCGUUCCAGCAGUGGGAGGCUCUGAGCAACUCAGUCAAAACUUCAAUGCACUGGGCUGUCAGAGGCAAAAAAGAGCCAAUGCUGGAAGCUCCCGAUUUAAAUCUUAAUGAUAAGAUGGCUGACAAUUUCCCCCAGAAAUCUGAAAACAACAAUCAUGAACUGUUGGAUGACCAAAAGGGGCUAGAAGACUUUGACCCCACUACUGGGAAGCUGCUGUCACCAAAGAGCCCUGAUUCCCCAGGAUUUUCUGAUCCAAACUGUUGGCAUUUGCGCUUUCGUUGGUCUGGUGACACCCCAUCUGAACUCUUGCGGAAGUUUAGAAACUAUGAAAUAUGAAGCAGAAGACCAAAUACCAUGCAGAAGACCAAAUAUAUGUUGAACACCGUGUUCACCAUUUCAGUAUUUUGCAUAUGUUCAUAAAGGAGUGUCUUUGAAUAUUAUUUAACUAGGUAGUUUUGUACUAUUGAUGCCACAAUUUCCCAUGCAAAAUACCAUGUAUAGUUUGCUUGGGUUUUUGUUUCUUUUAAUGUUGGCAGGUACUUUCCUUUUAUUCACUAUUAGCAUAAGUAAUAUGUGAAUAUAGUUAACCGCUUUUUCCAACAUUCAUACUUAAUGUAUAUGUAAGCUGUUUCCUAUCAUUAUUGAACAGUUGGGAGAAGCACAUGUUACUCAACGUCCUUGAUCCCUUAUAUCUUUCUGCCCUUAUUUCCUGCUAUAUUCCUUCAAACAGCCUUUAGCCCUUUAACUCUACCACACUCAGCCAACCAAAGGUAUCCUGUAUUCUUCCUAUUUUCUCUUGCCACCAGCCACUGAUACCCGGUUCCCUCUCUCUCCCAAUUAACUUUCUCAUGCUACCACUCGGUAUCAUUUCAAAACCCACCUUUCCUGGGAUAUAACCCUUUGAGUCUUUAUCCCCCACAUAAAAACAGCAUCUACUCAUAUUUAGUUCUUGUUGUCCUAUUGUCUGAGGGACAAACUACAUGUUAAUUUGGAUAACCUAACAUAGAAUAAUAGAAUUGUAGAGUUGCAAGGGAGCUCAAGGGUCAUCUAGUCCAACCCACUGCAAUGCAGGAAUCUUUAUGCCUGGUGUGGCCAUAAAUCUUCAUGCUCGAACCCACAAUCCUGAGAUUAAGAGUCUCAUACUCUAUCGACAGAGCUAUCUUUAAAUUUUUCUUUUUAUAAAAGUAGUUUCAGGACCCCGCCCCCCAUGUUUGCUAUGGUGCAUCGGGAAGGGUUCUAAUAUUUUCUUGCUUGCUUGCUUGCGCGCUCUCUCACUCACUCACUCACACACACAACACACACACACACACACACACACACACACUAUGUUGAGAUCUUCAAUGUAACACAUAUUUUCCUUUCCCUCAUUUGCUUCCUCGUUGCCAAAAUUUAGAACGGAAGUUUGUUGUGGCUGUUACCUGCCUUUUUCUUCCUUCCUUCCUGUUUUGCUUGUAAUACUCUGUAAACAUCAUGUACAGUACAUUGAUGGCACUACAGUAUAUAAAUAAAUAAUAAUAUUAUAAUAACAUAAUUGUAACUCAUAGUUAACAGUUGAAGACUGAUCUGUCUUAUAUGCAGCUAUAUGUUAUUUCUCAGAUGUUUUGUUCUUGCUCUUCCGUGGACUCAAAUGUAGUAUAGCAGGCAUCCCCGACUCGGACCUCCAGAUGUUUUGGGACUACAACUCCCUAGCUAACAGGACCAGUUGUCAGGGAUGAUGGGAACUGUAGUCCCAAAACAUCUGGUGGGCUGAGUUUGGGGGUGCCUGUAGUAAAGUAUUCUGUGCUCACCUUCCUCUCUACAAUGUUCACUGAAAUCGUUCAACCGGCAGUGCAGGCAGCUUGUCAGUUUGUGUCCGUUAGAUGAUAAGAACUAUACUUUCCUGUUUGACUUCUCCUCUCAUGCACCUUGAGAAAGUAGUAUGAGAACCUUGGCAUCCAGAAUGGCAGGAUCCUGGUUCCUUUUCUCAGACAAAGAUGGUGUUGGCUCUUGUUAAGGUGGCUUGAGCCAUGUUUAGCAUGGUUGCCACUAGUUUCAGUAUCUUUGGCACACUGCACCACUGCUGCGUUAAUACUUUCGGUGGCACUAUCCUUCGGCUAAGAUACUGAAGGGAUAUUAACUUUCUGCUAAUAACGGUGUAAAUAAAUAUUACAGGUGGGCACCCUUCCUUGCACCAGAAGCUCUGCUUUGGGAAUUUCUACCAGACACAACAUCAACAUGUUAAGCACUUAUUUGAAGCUGUAAGCACCAGACCCUUGCUUUAAAAAGAAAGACCUGUGCCUGGUACCAAUCUUUUGGGAUGCAGAAAGCAAAGCUAUUUGUAUAUGUGAGUUUAGCAUGGCACCGGCCCAUUGUCAGUCAUUUAAAAUUUCAGCUUGAAAUGGUUUUGUGUGCCUGAACCAUAGCCUAUUGUAUAUUAUUAAAACUGUAUUGACAUCUUGCAUCGAACACAAAAGGUGAUGUGUAGUCUGAUCUGUUUCUUUUCUUGUAUGUUCUGUUGCCUUUAUAUUAAUAAAUUAUUUUGAAGUUGAGUAUAAAA